AUGAAGCUUGUUGCAGUGUUUGCGCUCGUGUGUCUGUUCGGUGUGUGCCUCGCCCGGCCAGCGGACGAACCGUCGAUCGUGGCCGACGACAAGGAGAUGAACGUCGACGGCAGCUACCAGUUCCGCUACGAGCAGUCGGAUGGUCAGAAGCGCGAAGAAAAGGCCGAACUGAAGGCAUCGGAAACGAAUCCGGAAGUGCAGGCCAUCUCGGUGAGCGGCUCGUAUGAGUACACCGAUGCCGAUGGCAAGCACUACCUCGUGACGUACACCGCGGACGAGAACGGUUACCGCCCGACGGUGAAGCAGCUGUAG